AUGUCGCUCUUCGGCUCCGUUGGCGCGUCGACGUCCGCGGGUCAGACGAACACCACCGGCGACAUCUCCAAGGACGUCACGCUCAACUCACCCCCGGAAGACAGCAUCUCCGAUAUUCGAUUUUCGCCGGUUAGCGAGCAUCUGGCCGUCGCGUCGUGGGACAAGAAGGUCCGCAUCUACGAGAUCAACGAGCAGGGCCAGAGUGAAGGAAAAGCGCUGUUUGAGCAUGAGGCUCCUGUGUUGAACUGCUGCUGGUCUCCGGAUGGAACCAAGGUUGUCGGAGCUGGCGCCGACAAGGCAGCCCGAUUGCUGGAUCUCGGUGCGGGCGCAACAACCGCAGUGCAGGUGGCGGCACACGAUGCACCCAUCCGAAGCUGCCAUAUGAUCCCCAACCCGUCGGCGGGCGGGUCGCCGUUGCUGAUCACGGGAUCGUGGGACAAGACGGUGAAAUACUGGGACUUACGGCAGCAAACACCCAUCGCGCAGGUCGAGUGCCAGGAGCGCAUCUACACCAUGGACGUGAAGAACAAGCUGCUGGUAGUCGGCACGGCGGACCGGUACAUCAACAUCAUCAACCUGGACAACCCGACCAAGUUCUACAAGACCAUGCAGUCCCCGCUCAAGUGGCAGACGCGGGUCGUCAGCUGCUUCGCGGACGCGUCCGGGUUCGCCGUUGGCAGCAUUGAGGGCCGCUGCGCGAUCCAGUACGUCGAAGAGAAGGAUUCCGCCUCGAAUUUCUCCUUCAAGUGCCACCGCGAGACCCCGCCCAAUUCCCGCGACGCCACGAAUAUCUACUCCGUCAACUCGAUCAACUUCCACCCGGUGCAUGGCACCUUCAGCACCGCGGGUAGCGAUGGCACCUUCCACUUCUGGGAUAAGGACGCUAAGCACCGCCUCAAGGGCUACCCGGCUGUUGGCGGGCCCAUCCCCACCACGGCCUUCAAUCGCAAUGGAAAUAUCUUCGCCUAUGCCGUCAGCUACGAAUGGAGCAAGGGCUACUCGGCCAAUAACCAGCAGAUGGUCAACAAGGUCAUGCUGCACCCCGUUGGUCCUGACGAGACCAAACCCCGUCCUGGUCCGCGGAAGCGGUAA